CCCGCGCUGGCAUGUGCAAGGGUCAGUAGCGGGCGAGGGCCCUCACAUGGAUAAAAAAUAUUGUUAGGCCUAUUGGUAGUAAAUCUUAGGCAGAGAAGAAUGUUAUUCGUAGAAUGCAGUAAACUGGAUUUGAGGACAUCUAUUUUUUUUGUUUUAAUUUAGGGGGCAGCAUACCCCUGAACCCUUUAGAAACUUUGUUCAUGCGCUCUCGAUCUCAGUCACCACCCCUCCCGCCUUCCAUGUCUACUUGCUUCCGCCGUGCCUGUGUGUAGGCCGUGUAUACUAUACAGUAUCUAUAUUUAAACUGGUUUCUCUUUGUCCCAUUAUGUCAGAGUGACGUUCGUGUUUUAUCUGUAAAUCAAUAGGUGGGGAUUCCCCCCGACAACCUCGUCAUCAAGCGCAUAUCAGCGGCUUGUGCGUUAGGAAUUGUCAGUCGUAUUUUCCUCACUUUGUUUUAGUACAACGGUUUAUACCAGCCUAACGUCUGUACAUCACCCGCCAUGGUCCAGUGUUUCCGCAACAACCUCCACUAAAGAAUGACGCCGUCUCAAUAAAGAUACACUCACUGUUCGAAGUGUUCACGUCGUCAAAAGCAGACGAGAAUAGUUACACGACAGCGGCCAUCUUGUUCAACUCGUAAGACAUGGCGUCGGCUUCUUCGACGGAUCAUGACGAAAUCUCCUGCAGCCUCUGUCUGGAGGUCUUCACUGAUCCGCGCGGACUUCCGUGUGGACACACCUACUGCUUGAAGUGUCUGCAAACGCACAUCAACGUCAACACCUUCAACGACAACUCCUUUCUUUGUCCAAACUGCAGACGCGAGACGAAGAUUCCAGACAGUACUCAACCAAGAAUAUCCUGGGCUGCGCAGUUCUCGCGACUCACAGAUCUAGUGAAGGCCAUUGAUGUGAUUAAAAAAUUUAAAAUCCGUGAUGAUAUGAAAGUAUCAAACGAAGAAGACCCACAUAGACUGGUAAUCAAAUCCUCCUGUGAUGUGAUAAAGAACUUGGGUCCUGUUAUAGAAAACCAGAUGAUGUCAGACAUUAAGAGACUACAGCGAAGCGUCGAUGUCAGCGCGACACAGACUGCGGCUCAGAUACAGAGACAAGGAGAUGAACUGAUUGCGGAGUUCACAACAGCAGUUCGGACUGCACUGGAAAAGAGGAACUUAGAAUUGGAAAAAUGUCGGCAGUCUGUUAACAACGAAAUAAUGGAAUUGUUCACUGAUGCCAACAGGAUGAUAGAGGAAGGUAAAAAAUAUCUGGAAUUGGGUGAACGUCUUCUCACAAGUGGCUCACCUUCUGAUAUUAAAAAUAAUGUCUUAACAUUUACAAACAUGCGAACAUUAACUGCAGAUUAUGCGGCCAAGUACCAUUCUGAAAUUCCUCAUUUGGCAAUAACUUUAACCGAACCAGCGAAAACAAAAGGUAAAACGUUUGUGGCAGAUAUUGGACGAAUUUUGAAACCUGACAUAAAAUCUUUCCAUCUGAUACGCAAGGCACAGUUAGAUGUCCCAACAUUUCACAAAGAAAUGAACAUUGACCAGACGUCAGAUCUGCCAAAAGAGGAAAACAUUUCAAAUCUCCCAGUAAUUCCUUGCGCGCUGAAGAUUAAUCAGACAAUCAAUGCAAAAGAAAAGUCUGGUGCACGCUGUCCACACCUGACAUCUAUCCUUGUUUUGGGGAAUCAAACGUCCAACAAAAUAAUUGUGACUGAUUAUAGCAACAAAUGCGUAAAAUUAUUUUGUUCUCAAAACACGAAAGCGAUUCCAAUUGCGUACAAACUUAAAACCGAACCUUACGAUACUGCUGAAUCACGUGACCAUCUGGUCCUAGUCACCUUGCCUAGGCAGCGGGAAAUAUUGUACCUGAAGAUAGAUGAUGGCAUACAAAAGUUAAGGACUGUAAGAACCGAGAAGGAGUGUUAUUACAUAUCCGUGUUACCUAAUGGCAAUAUGGCUGUCAGUGAGGGUUUGGGUAAAGGCGUGUCCAUACUGGACCAGUCGGGUGGCACCUUGCACACUCUCGCCAAGGAAAUCGUCCCUGACCCUGGGUGUAUCACAGUGAAAGGCGAAACUAUAGUUCUCGUAUUACAAACGGAUCAAACUGUGACGUGUAUGACAACAUCGGGGAACGUUGCAUGGGUGUCACGUGACCCAACAAGGCUGAUGAACCUACAGGGUGUCACGUGUGAUGAUGAGGGAUGUGUUUAUGUUUGUGACUACGAAAGAAACGCCAUUGUUCAGCUGUCACGUGAAGGAGACAUCCUGCGUGACGUCAUCACGCCACGGGAUGGACUGAAACAACCCGGAGCUGUUUGUUGUUAUCGUGAUAAACUUUAUGUCGCGGAGAAAAAGGGACAAAUUAAAAUAUUUACAUGGAGUCCAGUUUAGAAAGGCAUAUGAUAAAACAGAUAUAGUAUUCACAAAAAAAAAAAAAACGAAUUUAGCUUUAAAAAAAGUGUGAAUGCAAAAUAUUAGUAUGGAACCUUGAAUUUACAGCCUCUCUGUAUGAAUGAAAUACUGUACAAAGUUUUCUAGGGAUCGCAUACAAUUUUGCGAUGGGAAAAGUUAGCUUUUAAUCCAAAUUUUGCAUAGACUUUACAGAUGUUGGUUCGCGUUUAUGAUCAAAAGGGUUUGUGAAUGACACAAUGAUGCCUGUCUCUCUCUCUCUCUCUCUCUCUCUCUCUCUCUCUCUCUCUCUCUCUCUCUCUCUCUCUCUCUCUCUCUCUCUCUCUCUCUCUCUCUCUCUCUCUCAUGUUGGUGUGUGAAUAGAUAGGAUCUCAUAGAUGUAUUUUAGAACAUUAUGGAAUUAAAAUAUUUAAUUUCGAAAAUGUGGUUUUGUUAAUUUAAUAAGAAUUACUUUAAUUAAUUUGUUUUUAAUCAUAUAAUUUAAAAAACAAUCAUUUUAUAGGAAUCCUCAGCUAGUAGUAGUCACGUGAUUAUGUUAACACCGUUUUUCACAACGACUUAGUUUAAAAGUUUUAUCCUAAGUUAUUUUAUAAAUACCGAAUUAAAUUUUCGUCUUCGUAAGUUAAGUUAAUUUCAACAACGUAAGCCAAAAUUCAAAUUGUUUGGUAAAUACGGCCCCUGGUACUGGGCAUCCAUAUUUGUAAAGUCGUACAAGCCUGGAAAUAAUUAUGUCAUGGUGGUCACAAUUUGUGCCUGUCAUAGCUGAAGAUUUACCUCUCACAAAAUUAAGAUAGAAUUUGUAAAUAUUGAAAAACAUAAUUU